AUGCCCCAUUGCACUGCUUGCAUCCGACGGGCGCUCAAUUAUCUCCCCCAAUACGUCGAAUCUCCACACACUCUCCGUCUCAGGACUUCUCAGAUUCGUUUCCCAGGCCCAAUCGGAUUCCGCAACCAUUCCACCCUGAUCUCGAUCAGAACCGGCCAUCAUCGUCGAGAACUUUUAAAGAGCCUUCGCAAGACGCCAAAAUCCACGGCCCCAAAUCUUCGGCCAAAGGGUCUCAAGCGGACCUUGGCGAAAGAAAAGGAUGAGGCUGCGAGAGCCCAUAACCGGGCACGAUUUCUAAACCCAUCGAAGGGCCCGAGAGUGCCUUCACAGUAUGAAGAGUCGAUUUUGACCGAUAGGCUCAAGCUAGCAAAUGAGGUCUUGAGGUUGUUGCAAAAGGAUCAACUGUUAAACGCAUUAGAACUGUGCCGCGCCAGUGAGAGAUCGAUCAAUGGCGCUCCCCCAGUCGACAGUGUCGUGAGCUGGAAUCAUGUGAUCGACUGGCUAAUGAUGAGGAGAGAUACUGCACAGGCUUGGAAAGUCUUCAACGAGAUGAAAAAACGAGGUCAUAAGCCGAGCUCUCAUACUAUUACAAUAUUGCUGCGAGGCUACCAGGAAAACUUCAAGAACCCCAAUGUCGUUAAGCAGGCUUUGGCGGUUUAUAAUUCUAUUUUCGCCUCCAACUCUCCAGUGAAGCCGUCAAUCAUUCACACUAAUGCAAUUCUGGCCGUCUGUGCAAGAGGGGGUGAUAUGGAUUCUAUUUGGAGCAUUACAGGACGUCUUCCGGAUCGUGGCCCGGAUACUGCAGAUCACAAGACUUAUACUACCCUGCUGACAGCACUAAGCGCCGAUGCUCGCGAUUGGGUUUUAAAGCUGGGCUCUCAGGAGCAGAAACGCGCUCCCGAAAAUCGCAGUCUUAAUGCAGAGGCAAUACUCGAACAGGCCGUCGAGGAUGGCCGCCGCAUGUGGACUGAAGUCACAGCGCGGUGGCGCAGCGGCGAUUUGGAAAUGGACGCGAAGUUGGUGUGUGCUAUGGGUCGCUUGCUUAUGCUUUCAUCUCAGCGGAAACAUCAUCAAGAGAUUUUAGCUUUGGUCGAGCAAACCAUGAACAUCAACGUGGUGGACGAAAUGCUGAAGACGCCACAGAGUGCGCUGACAACGGACGCAGCAUCCGACUCCGAAACUAACCCUUCUACGCCCGCACAAGCCCAAACUCCACAUGAGGACCCCCCCAAGAAUGUAGCCAUCAGUGGUGGCAGCGACCCACAUAGUCGAGACUCAAUUAACAAGGCGCCGCGAAUAUCGGCGAACUCUGUCUUUGCCAAACCAGACAACAACACACUCUCGAUGUGCAUCGAAACUGCUAUGUCCCUGAAAGAAGUGGAGGCAGGAAAGAAAAUGUGGCGAAUUUGCACUUCACCAACAAGUCCUUACCAUCUGACAACAGACAAGGACAACAUCAGCGCCUAUCUCAGGUUCCUACGCGUUGCCCGAGCCAGUCGGGAAGCCCUCGAUGUUCUCCAGGCUCUACCUUCUGAUCUCUGGCAAGGUUCAUGGUCCAAGGGCUUUUUCGUCAUAGCCAUGAGUACAUGUGUGCGGGACAAGAAUAACCCAAACGUGUUUGGCACAGCCUCUCGAAUUCUGGACCUGAUGCAAGAGAAAGCAGAACAAUACGACGAAACAUCAGAGGAGGAAAAUCGAUUCCCUAGUCGCCGAAUGGCCAGCCGAGUAUCGCCCAAAGUCCUCUCAUCUUAUGUGCAGUUAGCAAUGGCUACUACGCCUGGUCUCAACGGUGAAAAGUUGACCAAAAAUGUCACAACUGGUGAUCUAAACUUCGAAAGGGAUGCUUCCAAAAACAACGUCUUGCGAGCGUUGAGGAGGCUCUCACCCACGACAAUUAACAUUAAACAAUUGAUCAAACUCCAUGUGUCUGAAUACGAGCGUCAACUCAAGGAUGGAUCACGCACCCAUACGGUUCAGCGUAUACUCAGAGAGCAGGCAGCAGUUCCAGAACCUAUACAGGAACUUCUUGACUAUCUCACAACUUUGAUCAGCGCCUACGACAAACUGCUGAUGAUCAACGAACAGCUUGAAGAUGAGGGUCUUGGACCUUUGAGCAAAGAGAUCUUGAUUGACAUCAACAUGGAGAAGAGAAAGUUAUCAUCCUUUGUGGGGAUGAUUAAUAACGUUCCAGGUAUGAGCUCAAAGUUCGAAAAGAUCAAAGCAUGGCCACUCGAGCCAGUUGAAAAUGAAGAUCAAGAACGACAAAGAAGGCUUUUCGAGAAGGCCAGUUUGCAGAGCAGUUCCAACGAUUUGAUAGAGUCAAGUGCCCAGAGGGAAAUCAAGGGAGAGAUCGAGAAAGAAGAGAAGAAGGCCGACCGGAGGAAGCUCCUCAGGGGCCUAUCAACCCGGCAGAGGCAUGAGUUGCAGAAGGAAUUACACAUCCGAGAAAAGUUCCCCACCAGCCUCGAACGCCCGUCCUCAAACACCAGGGAACGAUUUGUGCGCGAAUCCAGGGUGGGCGCUGGGCAUCUCCGUCGUCGUGUUGCUGUGGGUGAAGCAUCUGAGAGCGUAAAGAUGUCCGAGGAGCAAGCGCAGGUGGGAGGCUUGGACCGCGGAGAUGAAAAUGAAACGCCCGCUUCAAAGCUUCCGGCUGGCUUUCAAGUCCCUGAAUUAACCCGGUACCCGUCCAGGCGGCUGCCGCCACAAGGAGAGAGAAGGACUAUGCCCGCGUCAAGCCAACGGACUGAGAACGCUGAGAGAGGUUCAAGAAGACGAUAUGCAAAUCUCCCCCCAGUGAAAGGCUGGGGUGGCGGAUUUGCAGCUCUUGCAAAGAAACAGGGCCAAUCGCCGUCGGAUUUUCUAGACCUGAGCAACAGAUGA